AUGUGGCCACUCAACGUUUCGAAAAUUUCCAGGAAACGCUCGAGCUCGCGAAAUACGCGGCUGGAAGUCAAAUUACUCAGCCUCCUCUCCCUAACGCCCUCCGCACCGAGGAAAUCCUCGACGACCCUAACCAGCAGGCUCUGCGUCAUACACCAACUGCGUGAACCCAACGUGUAUUUCAGCAGUGCCUGCGGUGAGGAAAGUGUGCGCACUUGGCUCGAGGAGGGCUCGAGGAGCCUAUACGACAACGUAUAUCUCGUCUGCGGUUUCAAGACGCUGACGGACGCCGAGAUUACAGUGUCACGCUCGACCGGCACUGAUGUUGACGUCUCCGCUGGCGUUUCGGCCUCGCUUCUCACGGCCGCAUCGGGAGUGCCUUUGCCUAUCUUGUCAGACUCAGGACUGGAUGUCAGUGUCGGGUUUUCUUCGGCCAACGAACGCAGCGGGACCAUGGGCUACACAGCGACCGGUGAGCACGUCUAUGCGGUGCAGUACCGGAAAAUUAAAUUCUCAAUGUUCUCCUCUCGCAAGGUCGAGAAGGCCUAUCUGGAACGUGGGAACCGAUGGAAAUCUUACGUUGGCGCCAGGGCAGGUGAUGAUGUCGACGACGGCAUUGAUGUAGAGAUCUCUGGGCCCAUUGAUCUACCAGACUUGAUGGGCGAAUAUGAGAGCCUUGAAUUAGAUGGUGGGGAGAAACUUCUGUACCGAGUGUAA